CCCGACCCCAUGAAGGAGAUGAAGCAGAGGAGGAAGAAGGAGCGCACGUGGGCCGAGGCCGCCCGCCUGGUGCUGGAAAACUAUUCGGAUGGACCUAUGACCCCAAAACAGAUCCUGCAGGUCAUAGAAUCUGAGGGCCUAAAGGAAAUGAGAAGCGGUACCUCCCCACUGGCCUGCUUGAACGCCAUGCUCCACUCAAACUCCAGGAGCUGUGACGGGCUUUUCUACAAGCUCCCCGGGCGCAUUAGCCUGUUCAGCCUGAAGAAGGAUGCCGUGCAGUGGUCUCGCAACCUGUCUGCCCCGGAAGGAGAAGAGCUGGAUGAUGCCGCCGAGAGCAGUGGCUCCAACGAAGCCAGCACUGUGAGCGGCGACAAUGAUGUGUCUCUAGAUGAAACCUCCUCAAACGCCUCUUGUUCCACAGAGCCUCAGAGCAAAAGCAUGCCCGCUCUUCGGGAGAGCCACAGAGUGGCUUCACAGACCAGCAAACAGAAGAAGAAGACUGGAGUGAUGCUUCCUCGUGUCGUUUUGACACCCCUGAAAGUAAACGGAGCUCACAUGGAAACUUCAUCAGGCUUCGCCGGAAGACAGGGUGGUGGGGAGAGCAGCGGCAGCUGUGCGGCCCUGGGCAGCCCCGCAGCACGCAGCAGGGCAGAAAUUGCGAGGGACCCUUCGCAGCUGCUCCGAGGAUUCCGGAAGCCCGCGGGUGGACAAAUGAAGAGGAACCGGGGCGACGAUGUAGACUUCGAGACGCCGGGCUCCAUCCUGGUGAACACAAACCUGCGAGCCCUGAUCAAUUCCCGGACCUUCAACGCGCUGCCCCUGCCCUUCCAGCAGCAGCUCCUGCUUCUCCUCCCUGAAGUGGACAGGCAGACCGGCGCAGACGGACUGAUGCGACUCAGCGGGAGCGCUCUGAACAACGAGUUCUUCACCCAUGCUGCCCAGAGCUGGCGGGAGCGGCUGGCUGAUGGUGAGUUCACUCAUGAAAUGCAAGUUCGCAUAAGACAGGAAAUGGAGAAAGAGAAGAAAAUGGAGCAGUGGAAGGAGAGAUUCUUUGAGGACUACUAUGGGCAGAAGUUGGGCUUGACCAGAGGAGAGCUUCCAGAGCAAAACUCUGUGCCAGAGGAUACAAAGAAUGGCACUGCCCCAUCUGCCCCAGGGGGACCUGCGAGGCCGCAGCGUGGCCCUGUCACCCGGCAGCGGGACGGGCAUUUCAAGAAGCGCUCCCUCCACUGCAGAACCCGCAGGAGCCUGUAUAAGCCGCGCGAGCAAGAGCCAGCCGAGAGUGCCAAAGAGGCGCCACCUGUGGAGUCGGAGCCCUCUGACCGUAGAGAGGCGGAACCAGAGGUGGACUCACGCGAAGGGAGCCGGGCCUCUCCGAAGCCGGAGAGUCCUCUUGAGGCCACCAGGCUUCCAAGUGAGGGAGGUGAUGCGCCAGCGGCAGCAGCGAGCAGAAUUCCCAGCGUGCCACAGCAGGAGUCCCAUGACCAGGAGCCCAAGGAGCAGAAGAGGAAGUGCUUUGAGCAGGCCGCCUCCGCCUCCUUCCCCGAGAAGAAGCCCCGGCUCGAAGACCGUCAGUCCUUUCGUAACACAAUUGAAAGUGUUCACCCAGAAAAGCCACAGCCCACCAAAGAGGAACCCAAAGUCCCACCCAUCCGGAUUCAACUUUCCCGUAUCAAACCCCCCUGGGUGGUUAAAGGUCAGGCCGCCUACCAGAUAUGUCCUCGGAUUAUCCCCAAUCCAGAGCCCUCCGGCCAGGAUCGAAACAGGGCCGCAGCCCCUGCUGACUUUAAGGCCCGUGCUCUGCAAGGCAGGAUCCAGCGAGAGGCUGCUGCUCCUGCCUCCCCCAUUGGAGGUGGGGGCGGGCCAGGAGGAGGCAGAGGCAGCAGUCCGGACGACGGCGGUGGCGGCAACCGUGGUGGUGGCGGCGGCGGCAGCAGCACCCGCAGCAGAGGCAGGCGAUCUGGUGGCCACCCAAAGCACUGGAGGUCCAAGAGAGCUCACCGGAGGCGCCUGUCAAAUUUACAGCGAACACAACUAUUGCUGCCUUCCCACCUAGAGCAGCCCGGCUCCGAGGGGGCUAAACGGAACUCUCCCCCCUACGGGAAAGAGGCCUCCCCUUCCAGAGCCGAGGGCACUACGGCCUUGGGGCAGACCGCCAGCACAGCCUCGCUCGUGAUCGAAGGUGCUGUCUGCUUUUCCGAGGCUUCUGGCAGCAGCCGUUCGGACGAUGCCCCGACCGACCUGCCCCUCGAUCGCCUGGCUGCAGCGCCGCUGGACAGUACCUCUGGACCUCUCCUGGGCGGUGUGAGCUGUGGGCAGUCGCCGGGCGCUGCUUCUCAGGGGGCUCGGGAUCAAGAGGAGGGGAGGGUGCUUCCUCCAGGGAGCCACCCCAGCCCCACUUGGCCAGAGGACUCUCCGGUGAACCCUCUUGGAGACACUGUUAGAGCUGAAGUGCAUGUAAGUGGCCAGCCUGCCCUUCUGACCUGCAAGGGAAGGAGCUCCUCUGGUGGUUUCAGCCCGGGGGCAGAUGUGGCAUCUGAGAGCAGAGAGCCGGGCGGGGCAAAUGUGGAAGACGGAGCUGCAGCUGCACUUCUGGCUGGGGAAUGUCUCCCUUAUCCUGGGCCUUCUGGCGCCGUUGGGACGGAGGACACUGCCGCACAGUUCCACGUGCCCUCGCCUCAGAUGGCACGACGGUGGCUCAGGGGAGAGAGACCGAGUGGCGAUGACGAGGACUACGCUUGUCAGGCCAAGUCUGUUUCGCUGUCUGGCAUAAACACUCCCCCUGGCGUGGAGGCCCCCCAAAAAAGCCUUCCUCCGUGGGAGGCGGGGAUGGAGGUGGGUGAGCAAGAGCCAGCGGGGAUGCAGAGUGCCAACCCCUCCAGCGACGAGGAAACCAAAAGUAUUCUGAGCGAGACAACUGAGACGGCGUCCGAUGCGGAAGCUGAGCUGAGCGAUGAGACUGCGGAGUUGGACCGGGCUAAGGAGGAAGGGGCUGCUCCCAGCAGGGGCGGCCUGGAAGAAUACGGUGGGAUCCAAUCCGAAUGUUAUGUAAGAACUGACUUCCCUACGCACAGGGGAGGCUUGUCUUUGGCCGCAGGGCCUGUCGAUGUCCGUCAGCCUGAAGAGCGGGGGCUGCAGCAGUCUCUUCCCCAGGAAGCUGCAGAGUCCUCUCCCCACAUUGAUGUAGAAAGCCAAGGGCAGCCGCCCCCCUCGAGGACUUCCAAGCCACUUUCCGUAGAAGCAAGCAAUCCCCUCGUGGUGCAGCUGCUCAAGGCCAGCCUGCCCCUGAACGCAGUCUUCCCGGGGGCUCUCAGCUGCACCAAGGUGGGCGCUGCAGAUCAGACUCCUGCAGAACACGGCAACUUCCUGUUUGGGAGCAAGAGCGCUGGCUGUUGGGUCCAACAGGGGCUGGAUACGAGCGACGCAGCCCAAAACGGACCUCCUGCUCCAAGGUCUCUGAGGGGCUCCCCGAAAAGGCACUGCGUUCCUGGGCCCAUGGCCUUACCUAGAGAGAGCCCAGAAAAACAACCUGCGAGGCUAAAGAUGCGCCCCGACUUCAGUCCCAGGUCGGGCUGCACAGGCCAAGCGGCACAUGUUACCCAGAAGCCUGAGAAGUCGUGCCUGGGAGGAGUGCCGUUCUGUCCCGGUGCUUGCCAAGGCCAAAAAGAUCCCUCAGCUGCCUCAGGCCUGCUACAAAAGACCACCUCUGCAGAAUCUGUCCUUGGUGGGAAUCCUCAAGGGAGUUUAAAGCCAACGAGAUUUUUACCUCCCGGCGGGACCCUUCCGUCCAGUGGCAUUUCUGCUCCAAAGGCCCGCAUAGUGCCAGGGAAGAAGGUCUUUGGCUCUGGCUUCCCCUGCAGUGCCGUUUCCCGAGCACAGCCCUCCAAAGCGCCGGAACCCUCUCCCGUGACAGGCGUGCCAUUGCCCAGCAAGCCAGCACUGCCACCAAAGGGCAUGGCGCCUGGGGUUGGCGCGCAAUCCAUAAGGGAGGACUGGCCCCCCAGGCAGCGCACGCACGUUGGCGGAGGAGGGGUGGAGAACAAGCACGUCCUGGCCUGCUCUGGCCCGGCCAAGAGGAGCGUUGAGAAGAGGAAGGAGGCGCUGCCCAGCCCGGCGGAGCUAAUGGAGCACCUGCAGGGCCUCCCCUUGGCCAGGGACCUCCCCUUUUUCAAGCUGCCCAGAGAGCCAGGGAAGGGGCUGGCUCAGCCCCUGGAGCCCUCCUCCAUCCCCUCACAGCUGAACAUCAAGCAGGCCUUCUACGGGAAGCUGUCCAAACUGCAGCUGAGCUCAGCCGGCUUCAGCUAUGCCUCCGGCGCUCCGGUUUUCCCCAGGAGCCUGGCGGAGAGCGUGAUGCAGCUCGGCCACAAGGCGAACUUCGCAGCUUCCCGCGGCGUCUCCCUCUCGGCCCAGAUGUUCGCCAGUGGCAGCGCAGAAGAGAUUUCGCUCAAGUGCUCGUGCCGCCUGAAAGCCAUGAUCAUGUGCAAGGGCUGCGGGGCCUUCUGCCACGACGACUGCAUCGGCCCCUCCAAGCUGUGCGUCUUGUGCCUUGUGGUGAGAUGAUGAGCGAAGGCCCCGGGAGAAGGAGGGGCGCACCCCAUGCGUUUUGCAGACGAGGGUC